AUGACAAACGACGUAACUAAAAAAAAAGAGAAGGCCACGGGCGACAGAAAAUCGUCAAAAAGAAAAGGCAAGAGGAGAGAAACUUACGCUAUCUACAUCUUUAAAGUACUGAAGCAGGUCCAUCCAGACACUGGGAUCUCGAGCAGAGCUAUGAGCAUCAUGAACUCCUUUGUUAAUGACGUGUUCGAGCGGAUUGCCACGGAGGCGUCACGACUGACCCAAUACAACAAGCGGUCCACCAUCACAAGUCGUGAGGUGCAAACUGCAGUCCGACUGCUUUUGCCCGGGGAGUUGGCGAAACACGCGGUAUCCGAGGGAACAAAAGCCGUGACAAAGUACACUAGCUCAAAGUAA